AUGGAACUCCUAGCCAACGUGACAUCUACAAUUCCUACCUUCUUAUUGAACAGCAUUCCUGGCCUAGAGGCUGUCCGGGCCUGGAUCUCCAUUCCCUUCUGCUGUCUUUAUGCCGUUGCUCUCUCUGGGAACAGCAUCAUCCUGUUUGUCAUCAUUACCCAGCAGGGUCUCCAUGAGCCCAUGUACUAUUUCCUCUCCAUGCUGUCAGCCUCGGACCUGGGCUUGACUCUUUCUACAAUGCCAACAACCUUAGGUAUCCUCUGGAUGGAUGCACAUGAAAUCAGUCUAGAUACCUGCAUUAUCCAGAUGUUUUUUCUUCAUGGAUUCACUUUCAUGGAAUCUGGGGUGCUGGUGGCUAUGGCUUUUGACCGCUAUGUGGCAAUCUGUGACCCUCUGAGGUAUACUACCGUUCUCACUAAUUCCAGAAUCAUUCAGAUGGGUCUCCUAAUAAGCCUACGUAGUGUAGUAUUAAUAGUACCAUUACUCUUGCUCCUUAAGCCUCUCCAUUUCUGUAGAAUGAAUGUUCUUUCCCACUCCUACUGUUAUCAUCCAGAUGUGAUUAAAUUAGCAUGUUCAGACAUUCGAGCUAACAGCAUCUUUGGGUUAAUUGAUCUCAUCCUGACCACAGGAAUAGAUACACCAUGCAUCGUUCUGUCGUAUAUCUUGAUUAUACAUUCUGUCCUUGGUAUUGCCUCCACUGAAGAACGGCACAAAGUCUUUGGCACCUGUGUCUCCCACAUUGGAGCAGUUGCUAUUUUCUACAUCCCUAUGAUGAGCCUGUCAUUGCUGUAUCGCUAUGGCCGCCCAGCCCCCAAAGUGGUCCAUUCAGUGAUGGCCAAUGUGUACCUGCUUUUGCCCCCUGUGCUCAACCCCAUCAUCUAUAGUGUGAAAACAAAACAGAUCCGCAAAGCUAUGCUCAGUCUACUCAUCACAAAGUAA